GAGGAAGUCGGAGAUCCCGGUAGUUCCCCUUUACUUUAGAGAACUAUCCGAUAGUUCAGUUACAACAGAAGUACUGAGUUCGUGCCUCGCCAGCGCAUGCUUGUAAAAGUCUAUCAUAUAAAUAGUCUUUGAUUGUUUUCCCGUAUUUGACGUGGAAAUACGAGUCCAUAUUCUCUUGGCGGAACUAGAGAACCCAGAAGAAGAGGUGAAGACAACGGAGGAUGGAGGCUACUCACCUGACGGAGGACGAAAUGGCCGAUAUAAAGAAGGAAGCCAUAGACCGGUUACGGCCAUACCUGGUGGAUAAGAUCAUUGCUGAGCGGCACUUUGAUUACCUGCGCUCGAAGAAGAUCCUGACCCGAGAAGACACGGAGGAGAUCAGCUGCAGAACCACCCGAGGGAAACGCACCAGCAAACUGCUGGACAUCCUGGCGGAGAACCCGCGCGGCCUGGACGUGCUGAUCGAGUCCAUCAAGUGGGGCCGGACACUCAACUUCAUCAUCGCCAAGAUCACAGACGAGGUGCAGCGCGUCAAGAACGAGCGCCUGGAGGCUUUAAAAGCGGGGUCCUCGGCUAAUUCAACUUAUUCAUGCACAAAAAGUGCAACCAAUGACUUCUCCAAAAUGGACUUGGACUAUGACAAGUACUCCACCAUCUGCUAUCACCCCGAGGGAGAGGCGAGCACGUCGGCCUCGGUGGCGACGGGGUCCUUUAACCUGCGCUACGGGUCGUGUCGCGGGAGCGAGGCGGUGUCGGUGUGUGGCGGCGGCGUGAGCGUGUCGUCCACCGUCUCGUCCAGUCUGCCCAAACCCGGAGACCCGGGAGCGCCGGCCGUGCCCGAGGAGCCGGAGGACGCCGUGGUCUGUGGGAGCGCCGGGAGCAGCGGAGACGCCAACUUCCAGCCGCUGCGCUCGCGCUCUUUGUCUCCGCACACCUCGUAGCUUUCACCAAUCCAAGCACAGGCACACUUUUACAAAAAAAGUUUUAAACUUACUUAAAUAAAAUGAGUCAAAGCAACACAAUUGCUGUAUUUCUCCUGCUUAACUCCUUCCCCGCCAUUGACGAGUUUUUCCCACAAUCCUCCAUCUCCAGAUCCAAAUCUGUGUAAAGCAGGAGGAGUGGAUCCGAGCUGACGUCAUCCAAUCAAAGCUGCCACUGGGUGUAGUGUUGAUGAACUCCAUCGAGUCCUCGGCGAAGGACACUGUUCGUUUAAUGGUUAUCGAAGUGAGAGAAAAUAUUGAACGUUUGUGAAUAUAAUCAGACAUGCUCUGGAAACUGAACAAUGAAACACUGGUGGGGAAGUAGUUAAAAACUGAAGUUGGGUCUACCAAACUCAUUAACUCAAACUGAGCAGUCGAUGUUAAGCUCCCAGCAUGCUUUGCUUUGGAUCAGGAGUUUGACAUUUAACAGUGUGUGUGUGUGUGUGUGGUCUCCUUGUUGUGCUACAGAGUAAAGUGUGUGUGGGUGGCUAUGAGUAAAGUGUGUAAGAUGCUCCACUCGAUGAGCAAUAUCUGUACUUACAGAAGAUAAUGUACAGCAAUAAACAGUUCAUAUUUCUCAUUGUUCUGUAAUGUAUUGGCUAAUGUUAGGUUAUAAUAACUGUUAAAUGUAUUUUACUCAUCACAUGGGAUAAAGUCUACUUAAAACAAAAUAAAUGACCUGUUUUAUCGAC